GAGGGACGUCCCGCGCGCCAAAACGAGCUCUCGGCCGUUGUCGGUGGGAGGAGUUUGGUUGUUGUUUCUUUUUCUGGCUGAAACUGACACUUGAAGCUUGAAGGAAAACAUCCACACGUUGAAGUAUCCGUGAAAAACUAAACGAUCAGAUCGAGUUGAAACGAUGUCCUCGCUGAGCAGUAAGUCUGCGCAGGAGAUCAGCGACCUGCUGGAUGAGUACGGGAUCAAACACGGGCCCGUGGUCGACUCCACCAGAAGUCUGUAUGAGAAGAAGCUGAAAGAAGCCAUGUCCAAAGGGAAGAAAGCGAAACAAUCACCUGACAAAACGUACUACAGAGAGGAGGAGGAGGAAGUCACCUAUGUCUACAGGACACCUGUGAGGAGCGAUGGUGCUGGAGACAGUGGAUCGUACACAAGGUCAAGACCAACGUGGAACGAGAGAGAAUAUGAACACGAGCAGUCAUACUCGAACUACUCAAGACCAAAGCCCGAAUACAGAGGAAGGGAUUACGCUGAAGAGCCCUACAUGUACGACACACCGUCCACUUACAGCAGAAACUCCACUUUGAAAUCGACACCCAUGAAAUCCGGUCAAGAUACUGCGACAGCGACCAAGUCGUCUCGCCUCGUCCCACUGUGGGUUCAGUUCGUGUUCUUCCUGGCCGUGGCCGUCUUCCUUUACAUCGUUUUUUCCAGUAUGGAGACGAAUGAAUCCCUCAAAGGGUUAGAAUGAUUGUUUUGAGACUCACACUCAGUUUAUAGGGUGUUACGUUAUACUUUAUGCAUUUUAAUUGGAGGAAUGUAUUUUGGUUGAUGCCUUUAUUUUAGACAUUGCUGAAAUUGUGGUUGAUGCAAUAUUUGUGUGCAUAUGAUGGCAGUUUUUUUUUUUUUUUUUUUGCUUGCUUAUGCUUAGAGGUGAAAUAUAUAAAAUAAUAAAUUCUCACCAGGCUUCACUACAGCACCAUUAAUAGAAUAGACUUCAGACACAGACUUUUAAAGGACAUAUCACCCUAAAAUACACAAAAUCCUUCUUCCUCUUACCUGAACAGCAACUGUAAAUCAGCACCGAUGGUUUCAGUGUGUUCUGUUGAGGUUUAGGUUAUGAUCAAGUGAAUCUAUCUGCAUGGGUAGAUCAUUUUUUAGAUGGAGGAUUUCACAUCGAAACAAAUCUCUCAUUAGAAGUAACUGACCAUUGUUUAAAGAUGCCAUCAAGAAACUGAAGUAAUUCCACCAGAUUUUAAGCACCUUUUUAGUAACUUUUCUUGGUACAAAAAGACAUUGAACUGACUGAAAAAUACAUUCAGAAUCUCUGUGUUUUAAACAAAUUUGCUCUUUAGUAUCAGGGGUGUUGCAACAAGUCUGUUUAAAAUCCCAGAAUCUUCCUUUUUCGGUGUUACAGUACUUGAUAAAAGGUCUAACGGUUAUUCUGUGUGUUUUGUUCACUAAAUGUAUCUUGUUUGUAUAAUCUUUGGGUACAACAAUGCCUCCUUUUGUCAGUAAUCAGAAGUACAGUUGGGAACAUUUUCAGACGAGUUGUAAUGCAAGUGCCUCUUUUAUUUUUGGGGAAUAAUUGGAAUAUAAUUGUUUUUUCAGUGUUAAAUAGUUGGGGGAAAGUUUUAUCUUGGUCAAAAUAUUAAAUUGCACUGUUUAUAUAAGCUGUAAUACCAUUUUUGAGCUUUGUUUCAGUGGACUCAGUUCAGAGAUACCACACUUUUGUACUACAUUUUCCAACCUUUGCAUCCUGUGGAGUUUGACAUUGUAGUUUGUUUUGUAUCGCUGUUUCAUAAAUCAAAUUAUAAAAGUGCUUGUGUAUGUAAACA